GUCCUGCAGGCAACGUUCCGGGUGGAGAGAGUGAGAGAAAGAGAAAGACAGAAGAAGAGAUUUGAGGCCGUAGACUGGUUUUUAACUAAACAAAAUACGAGCUGAGUGUCCGAACCAGCUGCGGAGCUUCAGCAGGACAUGGGCUCUCCAGGGCAGAUCCCGGGACAAACCAUGGAGCUGUGAGUGUUCUCUCUCCAUCCAUCUCCAUUUGCUGCUGCCUGGCCUGCUGCGAGCCAAAACCACUUCUUCUUCCCUGCUAUAGUGGUUUGGCUCAGACUCCUCUAAGAGAAGAAGAAGAAGGAGAGGGAAAAAAACUAAGUGGGAGGGAGUAGUGAACUUUCCCCAGCUGCUGUCCAGACACACACAUGCUGCAUUGCUGCCAUUCCCCAAACCCUGCUGCAUCCUUCACUAUGGCACGGCCACUAGCUUCCUAGUGAGCUAGCACUUGGCACAAUAAGAGGGCCUGUCCUUGGAGAUAAAAAUACAAGUAGACAAAGCACUUGCUUCCUUUUUUCCUCCCUUUUUCCGGGUCACACUCAUUAAGUGGGACUCCUUUUGUUUAGCUGUCGUUCCCGCUGCUUGGAGCAGUGGAGGAUUGCUAGACACCAGCCAUCAGACAGUCAGUCAAUCAGUGAAGCAGACUGAGGAGUGAGGGCAGACGUGGGGGUUGUUAUCUGAAGCCAGGAUGAUGGAGCCCAGUAUGGAGAACUGUCUCAGCCAGGUCCUGCAGAAGGAUGUGGGCAGACGGCUGCAGGUGGGGCAGGAGAUCAUUGACUAUAUCUUGGAUAAGGAGAAGUCACAUGACCUCGAGCAGGAUCAGACGGCUCUGGACAAGAUGGUUGACGGUAUUGCCAGCUCCUGGGUCAACUCCAGCAACUUUAAGGUGGCUCUACUCGGCUUGGACCUCUUAUCUGCCUUAGUGACUAGGUUACAGGAGCGAUUUCGGGCCCAGGUGGGAACAGUUCUGCCCAGCCUUAUUGACCGAUUGGGAGAUGCCAAAGACCAAGUGAGAGAACAAGAUCAAACACUGCUGCUAAAAAUCAUGGAACAAGCUGCCACCCCACAGUAUGUGUGGGACAGAAUGCUGGGAGGCUUCAAACACAAGAACAACAGGACCAGAGAAGGAGUGUGCCUUUGUCUUAUUGCCACGCUGAACACAUAUGGAGCUCAAGGCCUGACCCUCAGUAAGAUUGUCCCUCAUAUAUGUAACCUCCUGGGGGAUCCCAUAAGUCAGGUUCGGGAUGGAGCAAUGAGCUGUUUGGUAGAAAUCUACAGACAUGUGGGAGAGAGGGUGAGGAUGGACCUGAGCAAAAAAGGCCUUCCACAGUCACGGUUGAAUGUAAUCUUCAGCAAAUUUGAUGAAGUCCAAAGAUCUGGAAACAUGAUCUCAUCUUCUGGCUCAGAUAAGAACUUUGAGGAUGAAGACUCUGUGGACGGAGGCCGGUCCUCCUCCUCUUCGUCCUCCAAAGCACCCCCUAGUGGCAGGAGGACUGUAAUGACCUCUGUCAGACGACCCAGCUCAGCUACAACAGCCAAGGUUCCAGGUAAAGAAGCAGGUGCUGGUGCUGUUGAUGAAGAAGAUUUCAUUAAAGCCUUUGAAGACGUACCUUCAGUUCAGAUCUACUCUAACAGAGAGUUAGAGGACCAGCUGACAAAGAUCAGAGAAGUGCUGUCUGAUGACAAACAUGACUGGGAACACCGAGUUGUAGCGCUGAAGAAGGUCCGUUCUCUCAUGCUUGCUGGAGCUCCUGAGUAUGAGGGCUUCCCUCAGCAGCUUCGCCUCCUGGAGGCUUCAUUCAAGUUGUCAGCUAAAGACCUGCGCUCUCAAGUGGUCCGAGAGGCCUGCAUCACACUGGGACAUUUAUCAUCAAUGCUGGGAAACAAGUUUGACCAUGGAGCAGAGAGUGUCAUGCCCAUACUGCUGAACCUUGUGCCGAACAGUGCCAAAGUCAUGGCCACAUCUGGAGUGGCCGCCAUCCGCCUCAUCCUCAGGCAUACACACUAUCCACGUCUCAUCCCCAUCAUCACAAGUAACUGCACCUCCAAAUCAGUGGCAGUCAGACGACGCUGUUAUGAGUUCCUGGACCUCAUGUUGCAAGAGUGGCACACUAAUACACUGGAAAGACACGUGGCUGUUCUGACUGAGACCAUCAAGAAAGGCAUACAUGACGCGGACUCCGAGGCCAGAUCAAUUGCUAGAAAGUGUUACUGGGGUUUCCAUGGUCACUACAGUCGGGAGGCGGAGCAUCUGUUUCAGGCGCUGGAGUCGACCUAUCAGAAGGCGCUCCAGUCUCACCUAAAGAGCUCCGACAGCAUCGUGUCUCUGCCUCAGUCGGAUCGCUCCUCAUCAUCUUCACAGGAGAGUCUCAACCGGCCACUCUCUGUGAAGAGUGUCAUUGGAGGAAGCAUAACAAGAAGUAAGCUGGUGAGCACCAGGGUGCCUACUACAUCGGGGUCCCUCCAGCGUUCCCGUAGCGACAUCGAUGUAAAUGCCGCUGCGAGCGCCAAAUCCCGUCUGUCCACCGUUCCGGCCUCCUCACCGUUCAGCUCUGCGGCUGCGCUGCCUCCAGGGUCCUACGCCUCAUUAGGUCGUGUUCGCACCAGGAGACAAAGCUCUGGCAGUGUGGGCGGGGCCAGCACCUCAGUGGUGGACAGCAGAGGACGUAGCCGAGCCAAAGUGGUGUCCCAGUCCCAGCGAUCCAGAUCAGCCAAUCCCAUCAGUGCUGGGAGCCGCUCCAGCUCCCCGGGUAAGCUUCUAGGCCACAGCAGCUAUGGCCGUAUCCCACGAGCCACGGCGUCAGCUUCAACAACGCCAGCUGACAAGCGCAGCAGGAUCCCUCGUAGCCAGGGAUGCAGUCGUGAAACCAGCCCGAGCCGCAUGGGACUCGCCAGCCUGUGUGGUAAAGUUCUUCUUCCUGCUGCUCUUCCCUACCGCACGCUAGCCCGGAGCCGCAUUCCCCGCCCCAGCAUGAGUCAGGGUUGUAGUCGCGACACCAGUCGCGAGAGCAGCCGUGAUACCAGCCCUGCUAGGGGCUUCGCUCCUCUGGCCUCCCGACGUCACUCCCGUUCAACCAGCGCUCUCUCCACAGCUGACCCCCAUGGCCAGUCAGACCGGUAUGGUCUCAUUCAUCAAGCUCGAAUCUCUGCAUCAGUCAACGCCAUGAAGGUUCUUAACACUGGCACCGAGGUGGAGGCUGCUGUUGCUGAUGCUCUGCUGUUAGGAGACUCCAGGAAUAAGCGAAAGCCUUUAAGGCGGCGGUACGAAUCACCGGGAAUGUACUCUGAUGACGACGCCAACAGCGACGCGUCCAGUGCCUGCUCAGAGCGCUCCUACGGCUCACGAAAUGGUGGCAUUCCUCAUUACCUGCGGCAGACGGAGGACGUGGCCGAGGUCCUGAAUCACUGCGCUAGCUCCAACUGGUCAGAGAGGAAGGAGGGUCUCCUGGGUCUGCAGAACCUCCUCAAGAGCCAAAGAAUACUGAGCCGAGUGGAACUCAAAAGACUGUGUGAGAUUUUCACAAGGAUGUUUGCAGAUCCCCACAGUAAGAGAGUGUUCAGCAUGUUCCUGGAGACUCUUGUGGACUUCAUCACAGUCCACAGAGAGGACCUGCAGGACUGGCUCUUUGUCUUGCUCACCCAGCUGCUGAAGAAGAUGGGCGCAGACCUGCUGGGUUCAGUCCAGGCCAAAGUCCAGAAGGCCCUGGAUAUCACAAGGGAGUCCUUCCCAUUUGAUCAACAGUUCAACAUACUGAUGAGGUUUAUCGUGGAUCAGACGCAAACACCGAACCUCAAGGUGAAAGUGGCCAUUUUGAAAUACAUCGAGUCUCUAGCUCGGCAGAUGGACCCGACAGACUUCGUGAACUCAAGUGAAACUCGCCUCGCCGUGUCCCGCAUCAUCACCUGGACCACGGAACCGAAGAGCUCUGAUGUCAGGAAGACCCUUCAUAACUGGGUGAGCGAGGAGCUAGCUGGCAGGUCCAGUACUGCAGCCUUACUGUCCACUGAGGGUAACCAGGAAGAGAGGUGUAAGCAGGCGGCCCAGGUGGUGCUGAUCGCCUUGUUUGAGCUCAACACUCCAGAGUUCACCAUGCUGCUGGGGGCCCUGCCCAAGACCUUCCAGGACGGAGCCACCAAGCUGCUGCACAACCACCUGAAGAACUCCAGUAACACCAGCAGCAGUGUGGGUUCUCCAAGCAACACCAUAGGCCGGACACCCCAGCGCCACACCCCCAGCAGAACCAGCCCCCUCACCUCUCCAACCAACUGCUCCCACGGAGGACUGUCUCCAAGUCGGUUAUGGGGUUGGGGUGUCGACGGACUGUCAAAGCACCCCCCUGCCCCUCCUCCUCCUCCUCCUCCGCCUCACUCCACCCCUGCUGCUCCCUCCUUAAGGGUCCUGCGCAGAGCGUACUCACCCAGUAUGAUGGAGUAUGACACGGAGAACAUGAACUCUGAAGAGAUCUACAGUUCACUGCGUGGCGUCACCGAGGCCAUCCAGAGCUUCAGCUACCGGAGCCAGGAGGACCUCAACGAACCAAUCAGACGGGAUGGGAAGAGGGAUGAUGCAGCUGGAAGAGAAGGAGUAGCGUCCUCACCAGGAUCUGACGCCCGCCUGGGCUUAGACAUGGUGGAAGGGGGUCGCACCGCUUUAGACAACAAGACAUCGCUGCUCAAUACACCAUCACCCCGCUCCUUUGCUGGGCCUCGGAGUCGUGAGUUUGCCCCGUACGGCUACGGAGAAACCAUCUGCACCUACGAUAAGAGCGCCCUGAAGGAGGCCGUGUUUGACGAUGAUGUGGAGCAGUUCAGAGACUGCCGACGUCAGGAAAGUGGUGAAAACAAGAUGACACUCCCCAAGGUGUUUGCUCCUGUCGGUCAGGACCACUCAGACCUGGUAGCUGACCUGCUCAAGGAGCUGUCCAAUCACAACGAGCGUUCUGAGGAGCGAAAAGGCGCCCUGGUGGAGCUGCUGAAGAUCACACGAGAGGACAGCCUGGCUGUGUGGGACGAGCACUUUAAAACCAUCCUGCUCCUGCUGCUGGAGACACUGGGUGAUAAAGAUCACACCAUCCGAGCCCUGGCCCUGCGUGUGCUCAAAGAAAUUUUAAGGAACCAACCGGCCCGCUUCAAAAACUAUGCCGAGCUGACCAUCAUGAAGACGCUGGAGGCUCACAAAGACUCCCACAAAGAGGUGGUGCGUGCGGCUGAGGAGGCAGCGUCCACCCUGGCGGGCUCCAUCCACCCAGAGCAGUGCAUAAAGGUGCUGUGUCCCAUCGUCCAGACCGCCGACUACCCCAUCAACCUGGCUGCUAUCAAGAUGCAGACCAAAGUCAUUGAACGCAUCGCCAAGGAUUCAUUGCUGCAGCUGCUGCCUGACAUUAUCCCAGGACUCCUGCAGGGCUAUGACAACACAGAGAGCAGCGUUCGCAAGGCCAGCGUGUUCUGUCUGGUGGCCAUCUACUCUGUGAUUGGAGAGGAGCUUAAACCCCACCUGGCACAGCUCACGGGCAGCAAGAUGAAGUUGCUGAACCUGUACAUCAAACGAGCCCAGACGACCAACAGCAAUAGCAGCAGCUCCUCCGACGUCUCCUCUCACAGUUAAUGGACGGAAGUGUUUGUAGGAGGCCUGGAGAUGGACGGCUGACCUGGACCUGGCUGUACUUCUUCCAGACUCCUCCACCUCUGCUUUCCCUCCUCCUCCUCCUCCUCCUCCUCCUCCUUGUAACAACCCACGCUCACUUGUCCACCUGUUUGGAGGGAAUCCUAUCCACAACCUGUGCGUCGUCUAGUUCCUCCUCCCCACUUUUGUUCUAGAAACUUCUGAAUGUAACUGUGUAUCGGCUCUAGACUAGUGGGGAGGGAAUCAGAAUUUGGAGUUUUUCAUAAAAGGAAAAUGCACUUUCUCUUCCGUCAUGGUUCCCACACCAUCCACCACGACUUUCCAUUCUUCCUCAGCCCUCAGAUUCAGUUCGAUGGGAGGGGGGAUCUGCAUCGUUGUGCAGGAUACGUUGCUGUCAAAUCAACUAGAGUUAGUGAUGAAAUGUCAUUUGGCUGGCCCAGUGAUGGUAAAGCGAUUUGGGAUUGAAGUUAGGGAGCAUAAAACCAAAUAUUGCAAGAAAAAAUAAGUAGAUGUAAGGGAACAAUGUGAAAAAUAGAAAGCACUCUAUGUGCAUUUUAGUUAAUAUUUUAAGUUAACUGAUGGUCUGGGCUCACAGAAGCCUGUACUCUGAUUGUAGUCUUCGAACUUAAUAAAGAAGUCCCCCUUUCAUGAAAACACUUUCACUCAGUGGUUAAAAGUGGUUAAAAUUGUAACUUGCAGCUCCAAAUUGACAAUCCUUAAAAGAGUGCGCAAGAUCGGUUCUCUGUAAAGCUGCAUUAAUACAGUUAUGUGAGAGUCACAAUCAACACACAGAGGGUCAAAGCUGAGCCCAUUUACAGAUUUAAUGCCUGUAUUUUCACACUGAACUUUCUGCGUAAAGCUUGAAAACCGUGGGCUUUUCUUCAAGACGCUGCCGGUUUGCGGCAACUUCCCUGUAAAAUCUGAGGCUGCUGCUCAGUCAAAGGUACGUCUGUCUGAAGAGGAGGUCCUUUUGUAAAUACAACUGAUUUUUUUUCCUGUUCGGAGCUGGGAGUGCAGUCCGAGACAGUCCGAAAGACAAAAACAGGCCUUAUUCACUUUAAACACACUAAUGUUUGUUGACUACGGAGAGUGAGUAGGAUGUACAGCACUGUAACUCUUGGCUCUCAAAAAAUGUGAAUCUACAGGACUGACCCGUGUUGAUGCAAAUACAGUAUUAGUUGUUUCCUCUGAUCUCCUUCGGUUCUGUUUCAUGUAACUACAGCUUCUGCAAUAACCACACUAAUAGAGAUUUUGUACAUACACUUUUUGACCACUGCUUUGCAAAAAGUUUACAAUAUGGGAAAAAAAAAAAAACCUGAAAGAAAAAAGCGGAACAGUUGACUAGCUCACUUUUUGCACGUUAGCAAACUAGCUUGCAUGUACAGUAAUCUGCAGCACGUCAACUCUGUGCUGUGUUGAAGGGCCCAGAUCUUUGGCUGUUAAAGUGCACUUGUAACAUCAUCAGAUAAGUUAUCUCUGAUUUCAUGUUUCAGCAGAGGACGUAGGGCUAACCACACCAAAACCACACAGUGGGUUUCUGAAAAAUUAAAGCUGGGAAAAGUAAAAUGACUUCAAGGCUCUGAUGUUUGAGUUCAGAACUGAGUCUGAAGUGUCAGGAAUUUCAAAGGGGCAAUUUGUAAAGUUACGAUUAAAUAAAUAAAUAAAUAACUCCAUUCAUUAAGUGAAUGAGACAGCGUUUUACAGGAUUAUUGUAAUAUUGGAGUUCACAUGAAAUCCAGCAAAGACAGGACUGCUAGCUUACACUCCUCACCUAUGACGUCAACUGUAGUUUUUAAGAAAGAAAACAAUGACAGCAAAACCCUGUCAGCACCAUUAUGAAAGGUUUUUUUUGUUUGUUUUUUUUUGUGGUUGGUGUUAUUUGUUGUACUAAAGAUGUGCUUCACUGAGGUCGGAACACUUACUUUUUCUGCUACAUAUAAUUGGCUUAAUUUGGUAUCAUUUGUUAAAUUAGGGUCCUGUAAAAGACAUUUUGGGUUUUAGCUGAGUGGCUUUUCCACUGAAAAUGGGCCAAUGUGGUUAUUUAAGUUAAUAAAUGUACAAAAUGUACAUGUGUAUAAUUUUAAAAAUGGUAUCAGAUUUUGCAUACUUAGCCACCUUUGUAAGACGACAAGAAAAGUCACAAGUUCUGCUUGGGCGUUUAUUACUUACUACUCCACCAGUGGAAACCAACACUAAGGUUUACUCUUGUUUUAUUUCUGUCCCUUCUUUCCUUUGCCGUUCCUUUGGUUUUUUUACCAGAAGUCCGCGGUGGUGCUGAUAAUGGUUGCUUUCUAAGAGCUUCUUGUCGACAGUGUAUAUCUUCUUAUGUUGCGUUGAGGGCAGACUCGAUGCUACAGUGAUUCAAUCAGGAUGGGUCAGGGGUGGUUAGCAUGCUAACUUCAAUGCAUAUCUCUGCAACGCAAUGUCUUUGACAUGUCUUAAAAACCUCCGUGAUAAUUGUUGUUACAAAUAUUACAAAUUGUCCCUUUAAAAUGAAUCUCAUGUUAAGUUGAUGGGUUUAUUAUAGAUUUCAUAAUAUAAGCAUUCAGUUGGAAUUUAUUUCUCCAACAGGAAUACAUUUUUCUUCAAAGAUAUAAUUUGCUUAAUUUUUUUGUAUCGUAGGACAGGAUCAUAUGUAUUUAUUGUGAUUUUUAAAUUCUAUUAUUUCCCUUAUUUGCCAACUUGUAGCAAAGUAGUAAUAAUAACAAUAAUGAAAAUAAGUGUUCCUGAUUUUUUUUGUUUUGUUUUGUUUUUUUGUUAAAUUAGGGUCCUGUAAAAGACAUUUUGGGUUUUAGCUGAGUGGCUUUUCCACUGAAAAUGGGCCAAUGUGGUUAUUUAAGUUAAUAAAUGUACAAAAUGUACAUGUGUAUAAUUUUAAAAAUGGUAUCAGAUUUUGCAUAUUGGUACUGGAGAGCCUUGUACACGCUGUAACACACUCAUCUGCGCUCUAGCUGACUGUUUUCCCUUUAACAGUUUUAUCUGUUAUUCAGCUUUGUUUUGUAAAACGGGGCUGCAUCCACCCACAGUGAAUUCAAGUUUACCGUUCACCACUAUACAACCGUCGAACGCUAGUCACAUUACUGGUUCCUAGAAGCAGACAUGAUGGUAUUCCUCGCAAACUGUUCACUAUGCAUGUUAUACAGUACACUGUCUUUCUUUUUGUCUUAAUGGUCAUGUAAUAUUCAUACCUGUAUUUAUAUAUUUUAUUUUAUCUUAUUUUGUUUUCUCAUGAUAAACUGUACAGAAGGUUUUUUUUUGUUAACAUCCACCUGUGAUAGAUUUGCAACAAUGUAAAGAAAUUGUUUGCUCUAGAAAUAAACAGACCAAGAGUUGA